GUUUUGUGCAACUCUGUCAAAUUUGUUUUCGUACCGACUUGGGCUUUUCAACUUCUGCAUUUGUUUUUAUUUAUGCUAAAUAUAUUUUAACGAAAAGGAAUGAAACAAUUGAACAAAAAAUUAUUAGGCUUUUCUCAAGGAAAUAAUUAGUGGAAAUUGCAAUGAAAAUCGAUCAGCGGGAAGCUGAAAGUGAGGGUCAAAUGUUGAAGCCACCUCCUAGGGCCGCUGGUGCAGAAGAAUAUGCUGAAGAAAGCCCUGAGCUACUGCUAAAUAAAUUUUUGGAUGCUGUUUCGAAAUUAUGGUCACAACUGAAGCUUACAGUUACUUUUGUAAUGGUUGAUCUCGGUGGCUACCAUUUAUUCGAUAAACUUAUACAAUGGUGUGUCAGAAAUCCUCAUAUGGCUAUUUGUUUUGUAGCUGCGCUAUUAGCUCUUCUACUGCCAUUUUUGAUAAUGUUGGGAAUUGGUCUUUCCACACUACUGAUGACACUUACCGGCUUUUUAAUUUUAGAAGGUAUACUUCUGUCUAUAGUAGCAGCGCUGUUAAUUGCUUGCGUGAGCUUUUUAGUUUUAGCAGUAUUCGUUGUAAAACAGCUUAAACGAACAGCAUAAAUUGGAAACGGAUCUUUGAGUUAGUGCCAGUAUAUUAUUUAGUAACAAUAAAAUUUACUUUUAUGAAUCAACAGAAACUAAUGUAGUAUUAGCUCACGUGAG